UCAGUUCUCAUUCACCGCUUGCCCAAAUCCCAAUUUAUAAUCCAAUGGUAAAUGCAAUGGAUUCCCAUUUCACAAUAAUCAAACGCUAUGGCGAACAAAUCGGAAUGCCUCUAGUUUCAGUUAACGUAAAAAUAGUAAUCAGCAUAAACACAAUCAAGAACAAAUGUACCAUGAAUUUUCUGGAUGUCCAUUUUCUGCAUGGGCUGUUGAUUUGAUUGAUUUUCAAUUCAUUUGUCAAAUUGGAGCCAAUAAUUUUCUCCUCAUCUUUUUUAGUUGAGUGGUGGCCACGCUGAAGCAGCGGUGCCAUCUCUCUUCCUGCUGUGUUCUACAGGACUCCGCCGACGAUAUGAAGACUGGAAAUGACUCUCCGCCGCCCACCGCUGCCGAACCACAGCAUGACCUGGAGGCUGGCAUCAUCGACAUUGAUGCUUCUUCCGCCAGUGCGAAAGGCUUGGCAGCCGAUGAAGAAGAAUUCUCCGAUCCUUUCGACAUUGGCAAUACCAAAAAUGCGUCACAUGAAUCGCUCAAGCGUUGGAGGCAAGCUGCACUUGUUCUUAAUGCUUCCCGCCGGUUUCGGUACACAUUGGAUUUGAAAAAAGAUGAUGAACAAGAACAACGACGAAGCAUGAUAAGAGCACAUGCUCAAGUCAUCCGGGCUGCAUUGCUCUUCAAAUUGGCUGGACAGCGAGCAAUCGUAUUGGGUACUGCGGUAUCUCCUCCAACUCCUAAUGGGGAUUAUGGAAUUGGUCACGAAGAACUUGCUUCAAUGAGCAGAGACCACAAUAGUUCUGCACUACAACAAUAUGGAGGGGUUAAAGGGUUAUCGAAGAUGCUAAAAACAAACAUAGAAACUGGAAUUGCUGGUGAUGAUGAAUUACCAGAAAGACAGAGUGCCUUUGGUUCAAAUACAUAUCCUACAAAGAAAGGACGAAGUUUCUUGAGGUUUCUUUGGGAGGCUUGGCAAGAUUUAACCCUCAUUAUCUUAAUAAUAGCCGCUGCGGCAUCGUUGGCUCUUGGCAUAAAAGCGGAGGGACUGGACGAAGGAUGGUAUGAUGGAGGAAGCAUUACCUUUGCUGUACUUCUUGUUAUCUUUGUUACCGGUAAGGGAAUUAACAUCUGUUGUUAUCAUUUUCUCUCUACUUUCCUUUUCUAACCCUCCAUUUUUUGU